GUCGAUCUCGCCUACAUAUGCGACAAUGGCAGGAUUGUCAGCAUAUGACAUAUACCCAACCUUUCGUGUACCCGAACCUCAGCGAUCUCAAAAUCUCAAGAGGGCGUUUGCCAGGCUGAUCAACCCCCGCGAGGACCCGAUGUUUGUCAAGACCUAUACUUUUGCGAUCAAAACCGAGUUUGGAGCAGCCUUCUCCCCAAACAACGCAUCUGUAUCUGGCUUUACCUCUUUCACCAGGGCAUGCCUCGAGGCAGGCAUAGUGCGCACAAUGGUGACAGUUGCGCGAGAGGUGUGGCCGAACGAAAAUACGCCAAAAGACCGGUAUAUUGCUCAAUACCACGCUUUGUGGAGUCUGUGUGAGAUGAUGCGGACAGGCAAUCUGUCCGAACGGAGAACAUUAUUGGACAUGAUGCUGCAGGAGGAUGUCGUGGGUUUAUGCUUGCAGCUCCUUCGACACCAGCUAUGUCUCAUGCAACAACUCUCCAUCAACGUGUUACGUCUCCUCUCCGGAGAAUCCUUCCUUGGAGAAAAGGUCUCCUCAUCUGUCGCUUCUGACACCAUUGAAGCUGUUUGUCUAUACAUAUCUAUGGGGUCAGAUCACUUCAUUGACCAGUUGACGGCUCCUGAGACAACAUGGCAGAGCCAGAUGAUGGUGGACCGAACCAACCUAACCACGGACGAGUGCGCCAGAUAUUGCUCUCGAGUUUACUCUAUAUGCCAAGAAAGUGCCAUUUGGGUCAUCCACGGUAUCCUGUGCACGUCUUCAGCCCAUCCACCAAGAUUUUGCGCCGAUAUCCUGAAGAAAAGGCCGCAGAUCGUUGACCUUUUGUUCGAUUGUGCGAUUAUAGACCGGCAGCCAUGGUACCCGGAGACAAGGAUCGUGUCGGUCACCUGCGAGAUAAUGGUCCUGUUAAUUCGGUGGCCAGAUCACAUCAUACCGGGCGCAGCCAGCCCUGUGGACAAGGCAUUUAAGUCGCAGGACUGGAAGGCGUUGUCUCAGGCGAUGUCCAUCCUUACCUCUCGUCGAGACUGGGUCGAGAAAAUUGUAGAGGUGUGGUUGCGCAUGCAGGAAGAAGACUUCCGGAAAAUUACCCAGACGAUGUUAUCCAAGUCAUUGAAUCGCGUGGUGAGCCGUCCUAUCAUUCCAGAGUCGUCCAUCCCAGACCUAACAUUCACAGGUGCCGCGCGGGCAUGCAUCCUACGACUGAUUACCACUCUUACCCAUGCUGCCGAUGUCUGCGGCAUCUCAAACGCCCAAGUAGAGUCCCUUCUGCACAUUGCUUACCAGGGGUGUCGUAAGGCUAGAGAUUCCGUAGCCGGGAAAGAUCCCAUUGCUGCGGUCGAGAAUACUCAGGAGAUCUUUCGCCCGCCUCCGCUGGCCACAUUCAUGAACACAUCCGUCGAGAGCCCAGUCUCUGUUGCGCCAGAGUGGGUUAUUGGCCCAACCGCGCUCAUGCGCAUGUACUCUGUCCUGGCUCAGCGUAAGGCUCUGGAUGGAAUUCCAGCGCUGAAAAAGCCUCCUAGCGGUCUGUCCUCGACGACGUCACUCAAGCAUAUCCGGCAGAUUACGCAUCCUGAUAUCAUCCUCCGGGCCAUCAAAAUCUCGCAGUUGCGUCUCCGCACGCGGAUGGACGAGGGCCGGGAGCGCCACCGUACGAGGACAAAUAACGAUUACGACGUCAACGACGCAUGCGCGACGUUCAUGAGCGCAGCGGAACUCGCGGCUGCGUUGGUUGCCUUAGACAAUCAUACACAUGGAGCGUAUGCUGCUGAGGUACUCGGGGCACGGAAACAACUCGUGAUUGCCCUGGGGAAUGCCUCUGAGAUGGCGCUCAAUAUGGGGCGGCACCAACGGGCGUUUCACCUAGCAUCAAGUGCGGUCAGUGCAGCGGAGAAUAUACCAGAGGAAGAGGGUCUAUCCUUGGAGAUCAUGGAGAAGAACAAGAGACGUGUGAAUAAUGCGUAUGCCGCACUUCAACGCCAGUAA